UAAUUUAUAAGCUUUGUGUAUGUAUAUGUAAUAAAGUUGGACAGCACAAGUAGUGAAGUUGUGGGGCGGAUUUAAAUUGAAAAAGAUCCAUUUUCAUCUGCUCCUUCAUUCUCUCCUCUCAUUUUGCUGCAACGUUUCUCACUUCUGUCUGAAUUGCAGGCACAAUGCAAGGAGGAAUUAAAGGUAUUUUGUCACACAGCAAUGUGAUAAAGAGUGCAGUUGUGAGGCACCUACGCGUGGCGCCUCCAGUGAUGUUUGCACGGCAUGAAUCCACGACGCCUGCUGCUCGUAUGGAGGAGCAUGGCUUCGAGAGCGCCACCAUUUCCGAUGUUCUGUCAGCAAAAGGGAAAACUGCGGAUGGAUCUUGGCUGUGGUGCACCAUGGAAGAUACCGUGUACGAUGCUGUCAAGUCGAUGACUCAACACAACGUUGGGGCUCUGGUGGUGGUUAAGCCUGCUGCUGGGGAGCACAAGUCUAUUGCUGGGAUCAUCACUGAGAGAGAUUAUCUGAGGAAAAUCAUUGUCCAAGGAAGGUCAUCCAAGUCAACCAAAGUUGGGGAUAUUAUGACUGAAGAGAACAAGCUUAUAACAGUAACACCAGACACUAAAGUUCUCAAGGCAAUGCAGUUGAUGACAGACAAUAGGAUCAGGCACAUUCCAGUGAUCAGUGAAGGUGGGAUGAUCGGCAUGGUGUCCAUCGGAGAUGUGGUUCGUGCAGUUGUGAGUGAGCAUCGCGAAGAGUUGGACCGUCUCAAUGCAUUCAUACAGGGAGGGUACUAGCUAUGGAGGGACUCAAGAGUGUUGUAAAUAUUUUGCUGCCAUGAAUCUUCUGGAGUGCCUGAAAGAUGUUAUUAAGUCUGUCAAACAGAGUUGAACAAUAAUAAUAUGCACUCUAAGCUGACUGCUUUGUGUUAAUAAUGUUAAUUAAUACUUUUUCUUGAGA